AUGGCUCAGAUGCAGUCAAGUUUGAAGGAGAAAGAGGUUCAUGAAGUCACCAGGAAAUCCAAUGAGCAGAGUGUUCUGAAACUAGGUACUGUUGACGAUGAAGACUCUGGUGAUACCACUUCCUCUGCUGAUGAAAGCAAGUAUCCUGGUUGGCCUGGAACUAGUGUCUUCAGGAUGCUGAUUCCUGCACAGAAGGUCGGUGCAAUUAUCGGCCACAAAGGCGAGAGGGUCAGAAGACUCUGUGAGGAAACAAGAGCCUGUGUUCGUAUUAUUGGCGGUCAUCUUUGUGCUGCAGAGCAAGCUGUAAUCAUUUUUGGAAGGGAACAGCCUGAUGAGCCAUUACCUCCAGCCGUGGAUGCCCUACUAAGAAUAUAUCAGCAAACUAUUAACGAUGACUCUUUAGAUGUGGGAUCCGAUAGUGUGAUCGUGAGGCGGAUUCUUGCACCCAGUGAACAGGCAGCAAGCCUUAUUGGCGAGCAUGGUGUGAUGAUUAAUUCAAUCAUGGAAGCUUCUCAAACCGACAUCCGUGUCCUUGAUGGUGAUCUGCCUCCUGUUGCACUGGAAGAAGAUAGGGUUGUUGAAAUAUGGGGACUGCCUGCAAGAGUGCAUAAGGCUUUGGAACUUGUUGCUUCUCAUCUGAGAAAGUACCUGGUUGAUCGAAGUGUGAUCCCAUUGUUUGAUUGUCAUGUACCUAUGCCAAUCUUGCACAUGGACAUGCCCCCAUGUCACUACAUUGACUAUCCUGAGGGCCCUGUGCAUCCAGUUAGUCCAGGUUAUCACUCUGUAUCUGCUGAAGAUCUCCAACAUGAACAAUGGAUUGACACAGUCUAUUUGAGGGGUAGGCAUCCUAUGGGAAAUCUUCGACAUGCUGAUACAUUUGAAUACAGAUGGGAAGCACCUACACCUUUCAGGAGAUAUCGAUCUGUUACACCACCAAAUCAUGCUAUAACUGCAUAUGGGCCAGAAGCAUCAUCACCUAUGGAAGCAUAUCUAUCAGCUCCUAUGGAAUUACAUUCACACCACAACCUUCAAAAUGGUUGGCAUUCAUCUCCAGUUAAUUCAACAGAUUCUGUUGAAAGAAUACGCUCCCUUAUAUCUGUGUAUGGACAACAAGCACGGCUACAGAAACAGACAUGUCAAUCAGCUAAACUGGGUAAACAUCCACAGUUCGGAAUAUCUUUACAUGGAAAUGAAGCCCAUCCGACUAGGGUAUCUCCGAGAGAUUCUACUGAACAACCUCCAUCUCCUGGUAUUUCUGCUUGUGGACGAGAAGCAUCUCCAUGCUUCAGAAUGCAUCCACCAACUACUGUGGAAAAUCUUCUAAACUGUCGUGUAUCUGCAUGUGGACCAGAAGCACAACUACCACUACAUCUGGCUCCAACAUCAUCAACUAGUCGAUCAACAGCAGUUGCUUCUCAGGUUAAGAAAAAGAUGCAAGUACCAAUAUUCUAUGCUGAAGCUGUCAUUGGCCCAGCUGGUGAAAGAAUUGAAUACAUUCGUCGUACCAGCAGGUCGAGCAUUUUGAUAACCAAUUCUGAGGGCGCAAUGUCUAUUGAGAUCACUGGAAGUGCUGCAACAGAUAUUCUAACUGCAGAGCAGCUGAUUAAGGGUUAUAAACAUCGCCUUUUCACACUCUUGAUCAUUGUUUCCUUUUCUAGAACUUUAUGGCCGAAGCAGCUGCCGCCUCCCCUGGUCACAGUUUCGACUUCAUUCCAUCAUAUUUGCCAGCACCCAGAUCUGCCCAAGCUGAUGUUCUUGCUUCCCCUGGGACAAGCGAAGUGUCCAGUUUGCCAGAACGGCGCCUGCAAAUGA